AUGGAAUACAAGAAGUUUUUGAUGUUUGGAGAUUCCAUUACGGAAUUCUCUUUCAAUACUAGACCCCAACCUGAAGAGAAUCUUGGUGAUCAAUUUGCCCUUGGAGCAGCAUUAACUAAUGAUUAUAGUAGAAAGUUAACAGUCUUACAACGUGGAUUCGCUGGUUAUAACUCCAAAUGGGGGCUAAAAAUUCUACCUAAGAUCUUAGAAUAUGAGCAAAACAUUGUCAUUGGUUUUAUCUUUUUUGGAUCCAAUGACUCUUGUGCUGGUGGUCCUCAGCGUGUUCCCGAAGAUGAAUAUGAAUCGAAUUUGCACAAAUCGGUUCAGAUGUUUAAAGCUCGAUCCAUAAAGCCAAUUCUUGUCGGACCAGCAUUUUAUGACAGCUCUAAAUGGGAACCUUCACGUCAAGAUGAAGUAAGGCAAGGUUACGCUAGAUCUAACGAAGGAUUUAUCAGAUAUGGUAAGAUUACCGCAAGUGUUGCAUCAAAAGAAAAUGUUCCAUUCUUAGACCUUCGUGCUGCAAUGGAACGUGAAGCUGGUAAAAAUUGGACGGAUUUCCUCGUUGAUGGAUUACAUUUCAAUGGUAAAGGAUAUGAAGUCUUCUACAAGGAGUUGCUGCAGGCAAUCAGCGAUCACUACCCAGAAUACCAUCCUUAUAACAUGGCAAUUACACCUCCGUACUGGAAGUAUGUAAGUGAGGAUGAAUCUAAAUUGGAUUAG